AUGAAAACCCGUAUUUCCUUAUUCCUGAUAUUAUGUGCUGUUUUCAGCAAUAGUGCCAUAAAAUGUGAGGGAGGCACUGCAGGGGCAGGAACUACAACCACAGGCCAGACUUCAGGAAUAUCUACAGAAAACAUCCAAUCGCAAGGUGGGCAAGCUCCUCAAGGAACAGGUGAAGAUACUAGUCAAGUACAAUCUCCUGGUAUACCUUCAGGAGCUACUGCUCCAUCCCCUCCAAUCAAUUCAGAUACACCAAGAGCUCAAGAUCAAAUAGUGACAUCACCUUCCCCUCCAUCCGAAGGCACGAAAAAGGAAAUUCAGAUAAAAUCUUCUCUUCUUAAAGGUCGUAAGGGUGUAGUAGUGACUGGUUCAUGCAAUGCAAGUUUCCUAGUUUUUUUCGUUCCUUAUCUUUUUAUUGAUGUGGAUACGGAGAGUAGUAAUGUUUAUAUGGGAACUGAUGUGAAUUACCUAGAUGUGACAGAAUAUAUGGGGAAUAAAGAUAAUAAAAAUGAUAUUAAAAAUGUAUGUGAAAACAAUAAGAAGUUCAAAUUUGUUACACUCAUUGAUGAUGAUAAUUUGAUUCUUAAAUGGAAAGUGUAUGGUCCAAAUGAUAAAAUACCCAAUCCUGCUGAAAAAGUGGAAGUGAGAAAAUACAAAAUCAAAAAUUUGAGUGGUGUAUUCACAGCAGUGCAAGUGCACACUGCUUUACAGCAGAAUGGGUCUACCGUGUUUGAAAGCAAAAAUUAUGCCUUAAGUAACGACAUUCCUGAAAAAUGCGAUGCAAUAGCAGCCAAUUGCUUCCUCAGUGGAAAUGUUUACAUCGAAAAAUGCUAUAAGUGCACCCUGAAAAUGAAUGAUGAGAAUGAAACAGAUGUGUGCUAUAGUUACGUACCGAAAGAUGCAAAGGCAGAAAAUCAAGAAACCAUCCCUGCCAAGGGAAGUAAUGAAGAUUCUAGUGAAGCUGAACUGGAUGCAUCGAUUGAUAAGAUCUUAGAAGGAGUAUACAAAUAUGACAAAACCGAUAAGAAGAUUCUUGUAAACUUCUUUGAAGCAGAAGCAUCUUUGAAAGCAGAGCUGUUAAAUUAUUGUUCACUACUUAAAACGGUAGAUAAUAGUGGAAUCCUGGAAAAUUACGAGUUGGGUAACGAAGAACAGAUUUUCUCAAAUUUGACAAAGAUAUUGAAAAAACAUCCAGAGGAGACAAAAUCUACGCUGUAUAAUAAGCUGAAGAAUGUUGCUAUAUGUAUGAAAAAUGCAGAAGAGUGGAUGGAAAAUAAGAAAGGACUUUUAUUACCUACCUUGUCAUUUGAAGACAUGAAAUUGAAUCAUAAUUAUACUGCCAAAGAAGGGGAAGAAAAAACGGUAAGUAAUAACAACAUAAAUGAGGAUGAACCAAAUGGACACUUUAAUGGAGUUAUCGAUUUAGAAACAGCUGAAAAGACUAAUUUUAGUCCCUCCCAAUUUGCAGAUAAAAUGUAUUGCAACGCUGAAUAUUGUGACAGAACUAAGGAAGAAAAUGGAUGUAUAUCAAAAAUUAAUGUGGAGGAUCAAGGAAAUUGCGCAACUUCCUGGAUAUUUGCAUCGAAGCUACAUCUAGAAAGUAUCAAAUGCAUGAAGGGGUAUGACCACAUUCCUAGUUCUGCUUUAUAUGUGGCUAACUGUUCGCAAAAAGAGGGUGAUGCAAAAUGCAACACGGCUUCUAGUCCAUUGGAAUUUUUGAAUAUUCUUGAUGGUGAACACUUCUUACCAUCUGCAUCUGACAUGCCAUAUUCGUACAAGCUGGUUGGCGAUGUCUGUCCCAAACCGAAGCAUCACUGGACGAACCUGUGGAAUAAUAUAAAAUUGUUAAAUCAUAAAAAUGUGCCAAAUUCGAUAGGAACAAAGGGAUAUACCGCUUACCAAAGUGAGCAUUUCAAAAAUAACAUGGACGAAUUUAUCAAAAUUGUAAAAUCUGAAAUCAUGAAAAAAGGUUCAGUCAUCGCAUAUGUAAAGACUAACCAAAUGAUGGAUUACGACAUUAAUGGUAAAACGGUUCACGGCAUUUGCGGAGGUGAAGUGCCUGACCUUGCUGUGAAUAUAAUCGGGUAUGGAAACUACAUAAACGCUGAGGGAAUGAAAAAAUCCUACUGGCUUGUACGAAACAGUUGGGGAAAAUCCUGGGGAGACAAAGGAAAUUUCAAGGUAGACAUGCAUACACCUGCAGACUGCCAACAUAAUUUCAUCCAUACAGCAGCUGUGUUUAAUUUGGACAUGCCACAGAUGGAUGUUAAUACAAAGCAGGAACCAGAAAUAUAUAACUAUUAUUUGAAGAACUCUCCAGAUUUUUAUAACAAUCUUUAUUAUAAAAAUUUUGAUGCAUUAAAGGCUAGUGCUUCAAAUAAGCAAAAUGGAUUCCAUAAUAAUUCUGUUAUUCAUGGUCAAUCUGAUGAUAAAUCACAAGGCUUCGGAAAUUUGGCAGUGGAUUUGUUAUCAUCAUUUACAAAAUUAGCGGGGAAAGCAGCUGAAGUAGCAGUAGACACAGCGAUUAAUGCAGCAAAAGACGUAAUGGGAAGAGGAGCAGCAACAACAGGAGGUGGAGGAACAUCGGGAACAGAAUCAGCAGGAACAGGAGGAGAGCAAGGGCAACCAGGAGUAGCAUCCAUGUCAGGUAAUAGUCUUGAAACUUCAGGAUCACAACCCUCCGGGGAUACAGCGGCUGUAGCAGGACCUGAACAAACUCCAACGCAAACAGCAUCCGUCACUCCCCCAGUUAACACCAAUGCGACGAGCACCCAAAUGUUGCACAUUUUAAAGCGCAUUAAAAAUAGUAAAAUGAAAACACACUUGGUUAUGUAUAAAAGUCACGAAACUAUUACUUCUGGUCACGAUUGUUCAAGAUCUUUAUCAAUAAAUCCAGAAAAGUUUGAGGAGUGUGUGAAGAUAUGUAACGAAAAUUGGUCUAAAUGUGAAGAUGAUCCUAUACCAGGAAUAUGUUUGUCAAAGCACGAUGCAGAUAAAUACUGUAUCUUCUGUUAUGUGUAA